GGGUACAUGGGUAUAUAUAUGAAAACAUAUAACAUUUUUUUCUGAACACUAGAUUAUAACGUUAUUAUGUGUACCAGGUGGUUUUACCGAUUUGUUUUAUGGAAACCUGUGCAUUUUUUAAAAUUUUGGACUACGCACAUAAAUUUUGAACAGCGUGCAUAGCUUUGGUUUUUGGUUUUUAAUAUACGAAACAAUUUGUGGAACAUAUUACCCGAUGAGUUACUGGAUAAUUCCAAUUGAACUGAUUUUAGUAGUUAUAGCAAACUGUCAUCAAGGAGGUCAUCAUCGAGGUGGUGGUGGUCAUGGUUGGGGGCAAAAUCAUCACCACCACCCCGGAAGAAAUCCUGGUAUAGGAUGGAACAAUCAGAAUAAUGCAGCUUAUCCGAAUAAUUUCGGAAAUGGAGGAUGGUAUCAACAGCCGAAUCAAAUUUAUUCGCCAAACCACUAUGGCCAAGUCAUACCAACUGAAGCACCAAUUUCUUCCAUAAUCCAUUGUCCCAGACCAAGUUUUACAGAUGACGACGCCGAACUCGUCAUUGAACAAUGUGAUGAUGAAGACUCACCAACUCAUAGAUCAUGUUGGGAUUCUUCGCAAGGGAUUCCAUUUGGCUGGAAAGUUUUUAUGUCAUGCACCAAAGGAAAAAUCCGUAUAAAGCAGCCAUCAACAUGUACCUCGAGUGGAGAAUGGUCAGCUUCAUUCCCCCAAAACUGCCUCCCAUUGUUCAACAAAUAUACCCAAUUUCAAAGAAUCCCUUUAAAUAAUCACCAAAUAACGACGACAUUUAGAACCACCACCACUCCGGAUUCCGACGUAUUACAAGACGACGUCGCUCCUACCCCACACAUAAGAAAUGACCAGAAACAAUGUCCUAUGCUAAAAAUGCAGCUUUCUGAAAACUUUAUCUUUUCUUGCUUCAUACAUCACAGAAGUCCUGCCGAAACUCGGGGUUGCAUUACCACCCACCCAAAAGUUCCCUCCGGCUCGGUUGCAGUGUUGCGGUGUAAACCCCCCUUUUACAACACGGACGGAAAUUAUUCCCAGUGGAUUUGUGAGGAUGGUUAUUGGAUUGGAGAUUUUGACCACAAGCUGAAAUGUGUGCAUUCUUCAGUACCGAUUAAAAUUAUACCCCACCCAACGCCACGAACCACAACGACGACGACAACACCUGGUUAUCAUCAUUGGUCAUCAACGACAUCACGACCAGAGCAUCUCGAGUACGGUUGGAAUAUUCCAAGUUCUACCACCACAAGGUACGAAUUUCCAGACAGUACUAUAUCAACUCAAAGGACUACCACCGCAUCAAGAUUUACAACAACUACCACGACGCCAAGACCCUCGACAACAACUCGCAAAACUUCACAAAUUCGACCAUCUCAGCCACAACUUGAUCCUGACCUUGCCGUCGACGAGGCAGAAUACGACUAUGACGAUGACUACGACACAAUAAAGUCGACCCCUCGAACUACAACCACGUCUAGUGUGACUCCUUCCUCGACUUUCACUUCACCAGAGAAAACAGACGCUUGCCCACCACUAAAACCCAGAUCGGAAGGUCUCGUUCUCGAAUGUGUUUCAAAAACUAAAUCCACCUCCACCAAAUCUGAACAGGUCUUCGUAAACGGGUGCGACAUUCCUCAACCAGUUGGAGCAGAGGCAAAAUAUUCGUGCAGGCAGUACUACGAAUCUACGGCCAGCCUGGUCAGCAUUUAUCGCAAGUGUAAAGAGGACGGAACUUGGUCUGGCAAUGCGGAAGGAUUUAAUUGCGCUCCCGAAUGUGGUGGAAAGAAUGAGGUUUUUGUCCCCUACAUUACGUCGGGUACUCCAACCUUCAAAAGUGAAUGGCCCUGGCAUGCGGGGCUCUUCCAAAAACAGGAAACAAAAUCAGGUGGGUCCACAUCGUGGGAAUACAUUUGCGGGGGGACGUUAAUAUCGAAGAAAACUGUGUUGACGGCAGCUCACUGCGUCACAUUUGCGGAAUCUUCCAUCAAACGGAACGAGUCCAUCUUCAGGUUUGACGUGGGCCGUUUCGACCUGGAGAAAGUUGACGAUAUCAUUCAAACGAAGGAAGUGGCGAGUAUAAUCACUCAUCCGUCCUACUCUCCGUUCGGAUUUGACUCUGAUAUUGCGAUUGUGAUACUGAAGGAGGCAGUGGGCAUUGGGUAUCACGUUCGACCAAUUUGCUUUCCACAGUCGAUAAACUCGGCGCAAGAGGAGUUGAUGUUGGGCGACGGGUCGAUAGGAACAGUAGUCGGAUGGGGUAAAACGGAAACGGGCAAAAUAUCAAAUCAGCUUCACAAAGCCGAAUUGAAAGUUGUCAGCCAAAAAAAGUGUUCUUCCGGGACAAGGAAUGCGGGUGUUGGGAGUCUUCAGAUCAAAUCGACCACUUACUGCGCUUUUGGUGUUAAGAAUGGUACGGACAAGUCCCUUGAGCCGACAUAUGUCAAUGUAUGCAGUGGUGAUAGUGGAGGAGGAAUGUACUUUCCCCAGACGACUUCAGACUCCGGCACAACGCGAUGGUACCUUCAAGGCAUUGUCAGUGUUGGCAUCGGGGACGAAAGUAAUAAAUGCCACCCAGACCAGUACUCGUUCUUCACGAGGGUGGGUCGAUAUGCGGAUUGGUUAAUUCGCGUAAUGUCAGAACACGAUGCUUUGUAGAUCAUAAAAUACUUUAUAUUUUUUAUGUACCUAUAUGUACAUAUUUUUAACUAAAUCUUUAUCUUUAGUACCAUUUUAUAACUAUUGUCGGCAAGCAGAAUAAAUAUGUUUGGAAGAGUUUGAUGAAUAAAUAAAGGAAUAAAACUGUAUGAUGAUGAUGAGGCUGUAAAAAUCUGGAAUGAAAACAUUACAAGUUUCAUUUGAUUUACAGAAAGUUAACAUCAUCACGACUCAAACUUUUACAAGGGGAGAUUUUUGUAAAUAUUUACGCAUGCUUCCCUUAUAAACUGUAAAUGAAUUGGGAAAUAUGGUUUACUUACGAUUAAUAAUAAAAUGAGUGACAGCUUUAAU